GAGAGCCUCUUCCAUGCAUAAUCUUUGGAUCACUUCAGGUAAGUUCUUAAGAAAUAAGAUCUUAAGAAGAAGACUGAAUAGACAAAUACAUAAGAAUUAUUUUGACUCUGAGGAGAACCAGUAGCUCGACUGCUUGGCAAUCUAUUUUUUUCUACUUAGAAUAAAGUGUUGUGGAGUGGCGGGGCGCGCCGCGCGGCCAGUGGGAAUGCGGGACCGGCUGCCGGACCUGAUGGCGUGUAGGAAAAAUGACGAUGGAGACACAGCUGUUGUUGUUGAGAAGGACCAUUUUAUGGAGGAUUUCUUCCACCAGGUUGAGGAGGUCAGACACAGUAUCAGUAAAAUCGCUCAAUAUGUUGAAGAAGUAAAGAAAAACCACAGCAUCAUUCUUUCUGCACCAAACCCAGAAGGAAAAAUAAAAGAAGAGCUUGAAGAUCUGAACAAAGAAAUCAAGAAAACGCCUAAUAAAAUUCGAGCCAAGUUAAAGGCCAUUGAACAAAGUUUUGAUCAGGACGAGAGUGGGAACCGGACCUCAGUAGAUCUUCGGAUACGAAGAACCCAGCACUCGGUGCUGUCUCGGAAGUUUGUGGAAGCCAUGACGGAGUAUAACAAGGCGCAGACGCUGUUCCGGAAGCGCAGCAAGGGGCGCAUCCAGCGUCAGCUGGAAAUAACCGGGAGGACCACCACGGACGCGGAGCUGGAGGAGAUGCUGGAGAGCAGGAGGCCUUCCGUCUUCACGUGCGACAUUAUAUCAGAUUCGCAAAUUACUAGACAAGCUCUCAGUGAGAUGUCUCGUCACAAGGACAUCAUGAAGCUGGAGACCAGCAUCCGUGAGCUGCACGACAUGUUCAUGGACAUGGCCAUGUUCGUGGAGACGCAGGGUGAAAUGAUCAACAUAGAAAAGAACGUUACGAAUGCCGCGGACUAUGUAGAACAUGCGAAAGAGGAAACUAAAAAAGCUGUUAGAUAUCGCAGCAAAGCGAGAAGGAAGUGGAUAAUCGUCGCUGUGUCAGUGGUUCUGGUUGUCGCGAUUGCUCUAAUCAUUGGCUUGUCAGUUGGCAAGUGAUGGUGUGGAGGACGGCAGCGGCGUGCCUGCCUGCCAGGGUGGCAAAAAUGAUGUUCAUUAUUGUUUGUGUAGUCAUAUUGCUUGUGAUCCUUGGAAUUAUCCUAGCA